CAACUAUUACUCACGAGAUAUUCAAUCCUUGUUUAUUUAAUUUGUUUAUUUCUCUGACACAUGGGCAGAGUCUAGUCCAGGACUGCACCCUUGAUGUAUGGCGGUUAGAUUGUUUACUAGGACUAGUCCCACUUCUUUCCAUAGUGAGCAAGUGCACCCAUCUCCGAGGCCCCAGACUAGGCCCUCCACGUGCAGAAAUAAUAAACAAAUAAAAUAAAUAACUUCGCUUAGCAGCACAUGGUCUGUUUUUUGCGUUUUAACGAGUUUUACAUUGUUUGGUGAGGAUUGUAUAUAAGAGGAGGAUGGUGCUCUUGGAUUGUAUCUUGUUUAGUUAUCCUGAAAAGAGACGUUUAUUGGAAAUAUGUCGUUAUUAAAUGAGAAAUCUCAGCUAGUUGAUGAGAAUGGAUUAGACAUCGAAACUUUGAAUAUACUCAGAAGAAACUCUGAAAUUGAAAUGUUGAAUGCCCUGGAAUUGAAAAAACAUGAAUUGGAUAAAUAUAAAUUAAAAUUGAUAACUAAGACUAAUCAAGCAUCAAAUCAAAUCCUAGAGACUCGUCAUUCAAUGACUAUUGAAAACAAGAUUUUAAACUUCUUUAUAUUUGCAUUCACUAUAUUUAUUGUCUUACAAUUCUCAUUGAUAUCAAUAAUGAAAUUUGAUAUUGAUUGGCCAUCAACUUUCCAAUUCAUAAAUUUUGAAGAGUUUUAUCAGAUAUCAUGGUUAUGUAUCUUGAUUAUUGGUAAAAUGCUAUCAUAUUUUUGUCUUUUGAAUUUUUUAAUUAGAUGUUAUAUUGGAGUCAAGAUCUUCAAAACAUCAGUUAAAACCAAUAUAUUGAUUAAACUUUUGAAUUAUCAAUUCAUGGGGUUCUUUAAAUCAACAUUGAUAACAAUGGGUAUAAUAAGUGCUGAUAUAAUGAUGAAGAACCUAUUGGUAUCUAUGGAUUAUGUUGAUAAUCAUGAACGUGUGAACCAAGUUUUGGAUAUAGUGAAGCAAAUAACUUCAUACGGGGAUGUUGUACUAUACUCUAUACUGAUAGUUGGGGGCAUAGUCAGUGUAAUUUAUAGAAUAACCAGGAUGAUAGUUAGAUAGAUAUAGUAUAGAUAAUAUGAUGAGUAAUGGCUUAGGUAAUAUAACAGUUAUGUAAUACAUUAUAUAAUACAUUAUAUAAUCACUAUUACAUAACACCUGACUAAUCACCAUAAUAAAAUAAUCCAUACCGUUGUGCCGGAUUCCUCAGCACCAGAAAAUGAUUGAAAUUAAUUGAAUUGAAACCAAAUAAAUUCAUUAAAAGGAAUCCGAUCGAUAGUUCCCCACUGCAAUAUUCCAUUCCACCACUGCCCCAACAAUCAACAAUUCCAAUUCCAAU